AUGGCUGAACCCGGCCAGAGCCAGCCCCAGGAGAGCAGUAGUCUGCAGAGGAAGAAACCUCCAUGGCUCAGAGUGGACAUCCCCCCACAGCUGUCCCUGGAUGAGCCCUCAACAUUCAUACAGGUAUGAUGACACGCCUCUCUCUCUCUCUCGCUCACACAUUCACACACACACACACACACACACACACACACACACACACACACACACACACACACACACACACACACACACACACACACACACACACACACACACACACACACACACACACACACACACACACACACACACACACACACACACACACACACACACACACCCCUUACAUUACAGAUACAAUCCAACUGGAUAGACACUGAACACACACGUAUACAGGUACAACACACACUCCACACACAUUCAUACAUACAGGUACAGUUACUGUAAUCUGGCCUACAUACAGGUUCAAUACAGAUUCAAUACAAGCAAUAGAGACCAGCUACAGUAAGUCCACUCAGCUUUUGAGGUGCAAUGUCUUUUAGUUGUCUGGUGUGUGUUGCAGCCGGUGAAGAGGCAGGGGUUCCUGCGCAGUGUAAGCAUGCCCGGUGAGAACAUACAAUCAGGAAUCGCAACCUUUGACCCCAGCAACUAUCUCCAACCCCCCUUGCAGCACCAGCCCUCCAUCACACAGACCAUCAAGAGGUGAGACCACACACAUGCACAUGCGUGUUUGACACACCACACCUUCCACUCUCAUUGCUUAACUGCUCACUACUAUGAUUUCUGCAUUCCCUGAAUAUAUUUUCUAAAUAACACUCACUUUUACUAACUGACUCUUACUCUUUUCCAGCUGAUCUGAACUUAAACUCUUUUAAUUUCUCUUUUUACUCCUCUCCUUUAUUUCCCACUCUCUCUCCUUCCUCUUUGUGUCUCUUCCUUCUCCUUCCCGCUCUGCCUACACGCCUCCUCGGCUUUCCUCGGUCUGGUGUGUGUGUGUGUGUAGUGAGAAGAGGGUGCAUUUCAAGCGGGUCAACACGGUCCCUCCUAAGGGCCAGAGGGGCCCCCGACGGGCGUCUGUGCUCCGCAGGCGCUCCUGUGUCCCUAAACUGGUCACCCGCCGCCGCUCGUCCAUCCCGAAACAAAUCAUCAAGUAA